AUGACCUCUUUGCAGUACUCAAAGAACCAGAGCAGCAUGUUUCUACGAGCGGAAACUGACUUCGGUCUGACGAUGCUCCGUCAGUCAUCGAUCAGUGAGUCAGUGGUCAUCUCCCCGGUAUCCGUGAUUCUCGCCUUGGCAACGAUUCAAAUCGGUGCAAAAGGUGUGACAAAGACUCAAAUCAGCAACGCGAUUUCUCAAGGAGCGAGCGAUGUAGACAUCUUCAAGUAUUACUCUAGUCUUUCGGAAAACGUGCUACAUUCAAGACAUGGAGCGAAAAUGAGAAUCGCAAACGGACUCUUCGUGGAUGGCAAGAAGUUCGUUGUAAGAAAGAAGUACGAAAAGGUUAUAAUCGAAAAAUUCGCUUCAAAAGUGAGGCCACUGCACUUCUGGAAGAAGGAGGAAACAAACCAGAGAAUUGACGCUUUUGUGAGCCAUGGAACGGCUGGUCGGAUAAAACAUAUUAACACUUCAAGCUCUAUUAAAAAUGCGCUCUCUCUCAUGAUUAGUGCUGCCUAUUUCACUUCCAAAUGGGAACAUUCGUUUGCGAAGGGGUCGAAUACAUUUGGAGAGUUCUAUUGUGGAGAGAACAUCAAGAGAAGGGCAAGUUUAUGGAUUCAACCACCUCCCGCUUCGUUUAGAAAAAGGAAAACGGAGAGGUCUCUACUAAACGGCUUCGAUGCACUGAGAUCACAACUGAGCGGAUCCCUUAUCCAAAGAUCGUUCUCCCAGCUUCAAUCAACCUACAUGACGAUUUCAUUGCCAAAAAUAAAGAUCGAGACGGAAUUCAAGCUGAAAUCUGCGCUGAGAGCACUUGGUAUAAGUGAGCUGUUCUCCGACAAAUGUGAUCUUAGUGGAAUCACAAAGACAUCACAGCUGAAGAUUUCCUCCACUGCCCACAAAGCAAUUAUUGAGGUUGCCGAAGAUGGAACAGGUGAAGGAGAGUCGAACAGCAACUACUUGCCUGCUGUCGCACCGACGGGACCACAUCGGGCUAUAGAAUUCAUCGCCGAUCAUCCUUUCAUCUUCGUCCUAAGCAAAGAUUUGAACCCCCUUUUUAUAGGGCAGUAUGUGUAG